AGUCCGGCCCAGAGUGUUUUUUUCUGUGUCGGUUUAUGGGUUAAAAAAAUACAUGUAUUAUUUGAUGGAAUCGUAUGAUAUAUUUAUUAUCAUUCCCACAAGUGCCUUUAUUUUUCACGGAAAAAAAAAUUAUAAUUGAAACAGGCACGAACUGGGACGUCCACAGGUCCUGAUUUUGGACAUCGUUUCCACGUGCAGAUUAGACGACGCGUUUCUGACCUGUACGUUAAUAUCAGAAAUGGGAGGCCAGGAAAAGAAAAAGUAUGAAAGAGGAUCUGCCACUAAUUAUAUUACUAGAAACCAAGCAAGGAAGAAAUUGCAACUUAGCCUUCCAGAUUUUAGACGAUUAUGCAUACUUAAGGGAAUAUACCCUCAUGAGCCCAAACACAAAAAGAAGGUGAACAAGGGUUCUACAGCACCUCGAACUUUUUACCUGGUGAAGGAUAUAAGGUUUCUUCUGCAUGAGCCUAUUGUCAACAAAUUCAGAGAGUACAAGGUUUUUGUUCGAAAGCUCCGAAAGGCAUAUGGCAAAGCAGAAUGGUCCACUGUACAACACUUGAGAGAGAACAAACCCGGUUAUAAGCUAGAUCACAUUGUCAAGGAAAGGUAUCCUACUUUCAUUGAUGCCCUCCGUGAUCUGGAUGAUGCCCUUUGUAUGUGUUUCCUGUUUUCUACAUUUGCUCGUACAGGAAAAUGUCACGUUCAAACAAUUCAGCUUUGCCGCCGUCUUACAGUGGAAUGGAUGAAUUACAUUGUCACCUCCCGCUCCCUCAGAAAGGUAUUUCUGUCCAUUCGUGGAAUUUACUACCAGGCUGAGGUUUUGGGACAGCCUAUAACCUGGCUUAUUCCAUACCAGUUUGCCCAUGAUCACCCAACUGAUGUAGAUUACAGAGUAAUGGCCACAUUUACUGAAUUUUACACAACUCUCCUUGGUUUCAUAAACUUUCGUCUUUAUCAGAAUUUUAAUCUAGUUUAUCCACCAAAGCUGGAGAGUCCCACUGAAGAACUGAUGACCUCCGAAUACGGAGAAGACUACGCCAUGGGUUCUGAAAGUUAUUUAGAGAGAUUAUCAUCUCUUUCUGCAAGUAUAACUCAUGUUAUUCCCUCUAAAGAAGACGAUGAAGUUCAACUUGAUGAAUUUCCAACAGAGGGGGAAGAUGCUAAUCAGACAGAGUUGAGGGAGAAGGAAAAACAGCAAGCAGAGGCUCAGCUAAAACUUUUUGAAGGUCUCAAAUUCUUUCUUAAUAGGGAGGUGCCAAGAGAGUCACUUGCCUUUGUAAUAAGGUGUUUUGGUGGACUGGUUUCUUGGGACCGGUCCUUGUGCAUUGGUGCUACAUAUGAAGUUACAGAUGAAACUAUCACCCAUCAAAUAGUAGACAGACCUAAUGUUGAUAAGCAGUAUUUGAACAGAUAUUAUAUCCAGCCUCAGUGGAUAUAUGACUCUGUCAAUGCUAGACUCCUUCUCCCAGUGGAAGACUAUUUUUUGGGUGUAACACUGCCCCCUCAUCUGUCUCCAUUUGUGGAAGAAAAAGAAGGAGAUUACAUACCUCCCGAAAAACUGAAAAUAAUGGCCUUGCAAAGGGGAGAGAAGCCAGAUGAACUAAACAAAGAAGACAGCGAUGAUGAAUCCAGUUCUGAAGAGGAAGCUAUAGACACAGAUGGCAAUGAAGCACAGGAGAAGAAUCGUAGACAACCUGUACAUAAAGAAGUGAAUGUCAAGAAACUUCCAGUCAAAGUAACUGCUGGAAAAGUCCGCGUACAGAAGGUGAAUGUAAAUCAGGAGAAAGCUGAGGAGAAGCGUUUAGCUAUCAUGAUGAUGAAAAAGAGGGAAAAAUAUCUCUAUGAUAAGAUCAUGUUUGGGAAGAAAAGAAAAGUCCGCGAGGUGAACAAACUUGCAGCCAAAAGAAAAGCUCAUGAGGAAACCAUGAAGGCAAUUAAAAAGAAAAAGAAAUCCCAAAAGUGACGGCACAGCAAAAUCAUUUAGAUAGGACUUGCAGGUCAGCAUCAUGCUGAGCAUUUUCUUGCCACUGUUGUCACCUCCUCAAAUAGUGAAAACAAAUGCCUCAUUUCAGUCACUAUAUGUGGCUGCCAUCAGAUAUCUUGCUGUACCUUAUGGAAUUUUUAAGAGCUGAAGUUUUUCAUUUGGGAUAUCUUAACUCUAUACUCCGUUAUAUAAGAUACGGUGCACACUAUGAAUUUGCCCAACUUCUGGCAACUGCAAUCUAUCCAGACACUUUUUUUUUUUGUGACAAUGCAGCUAGAAUGUUACGCUCCAAAGAAAUGAGUAAUAGAAGUUCAGAGGUUAUUGUCAUACCCCAAGUAUUUUAGUUCUAACUUUAAUUACUUUUACCCAAGUUACUCCUUGUAAAUAGUUACAAAAGCAAAUUUCAAUAAUUGGCAUAUCCUGGCAAUUAGUAAACUAAUUAGUGGAUGGCACUUGUAUGGUGAAAAAAAAUAAAUAAAUAAUGGGGCUAUCCUAAAUUUCUUGUUUGAAUUUUUCAAAUAUAUUCAUUGACGUGUCAUUCUUAAAUAACUAAUUACCGGAUUACGAUAUGUGAACUUUUUCAUGUACACAUACACAAGUGCUAUUUCUAAUGAUCAAAAUCUCAGUUGGUUUGUGUUUUUAUUAAUUUUCCCAGAAGCAGUAAUUUGAGGGAUAUGUAAAACCUUGUUUUGUCUUAUUCUGUCAAAUGUGCUGCCAUUUAACUUCAAUGUAGCUUCAUGUUUGCAUUGUUUUUGAGCCCAUAUAACUUUUAUCUGGCUGUAGUGCUUUACAUGAUAUAUUGGUGUGUAGGCGUAAUAAAGAUACAAAUUUAGAUAGUAAAGUUAUAUUUUUUCCAUUUUUCCCAUAUGGCAAAGUUAUUAAAAAUACAUAAGUAAGAAAGCAAGUACAAAUUAAAGAAAUCUUGAAAGUCUGUCAGUUUUUGCAAGGAUAAUAUUAGCAUAACUAAAAGUAUUUUGCCACUGUCUUUUUUUCAUUCAGCCUAAAAUGACAAAAAAAGUGAAAUAGUAGCUUCAAAUGUAAACACGCUGUUGUUAAAUUGUAAUUAUUUUUAUAUUCUGAAUUUAUUUUGAUGAUAUUGUUAUGCCUACUAUCCCUUAUGUAUUACUUCCAACUACUCAAGACAUGAACACAAUUUUUUAUGGGAUAAUCGGUGGGUGAUCGAUUCAUGUAGUGCCAUCUAGGACUUAAUGGCGAAGUCGGUUCAUGUUCUCAUUUCGGCCCAUUGAAAUAAACAUACUUGCAGUGAAUCAUUGCCUUUAAAAGAUUUACUCAGUUCUAAAACAAAUGUGCCUGUUAGUGUAUACCAUGUUUAAUUUGAGGAAUUUAAUCUUACUGUGUACAUGGAGGCACAUCAUUUUAAAAUCUUUCACUAACCUGAGUAAAUUAUUUAUUUUUAUUUUAUUGGGAUUCUUUUUAUUACUUACAUUAAAAAAGUGAUUGUAAUCUA